AUGAACUCUUCUGGCUCUCUUUCACGUACAGAAACAUGGCGUCUACUGCUGCUCGUGGGGGCCAGCGUCGGCAUCCUGGUAAACACGGUCCAGGGCGACGGUGCGCCGCUCGUGGCUUCGAUUGCGUUGAGCGGAAUCACCUUCGCCCUGGGGUAUAGUCUGGUUCAAUGGCUUGGGCCGGUAUUUCUGAAGGCUGGCCUGAAGGGAAAAGACAUGGCCAAGCCCCGACGGCCUGAGAUACCAGAGACCAUGGGAGCCGUCUGUGCGGUCAUAUAUCUGUUGUCGCUGAUUAUUUUUAUCCCAUUUGCCUUUUACAAAGACAUCGUCGCAGCGACAUCCGGUGGAGGAAAUCGCGAUGUCGUCCUGGAAGUCCAUCAUGUUGAAAUGGGCCGAUACCUCCACCGAUUCCCUCAUGGCAAACUUGCCUCAUACUUGUCGGGUCUUCUUUCCCUGCAAUCCGUCGUCAUCCUGGGGAUUGGAGACGACCUGCUCGACAUCCGCUGGAGACACAAAGUCCUGAUCCCUGCAUUCGCCUCGAUUCCAAUGCUGAUCGUCUAUUUCGUCGACUUCGGCGUCACCCAGGUGGUCGUUCCGGUACCGCUCCAACGCUACCUGGGUGACUUUGUUGAUCUCGGAUGGUUGUACUACAUGUACAUGGCCGCAGUUGCAAUUUUCUGUCCCAAUGCCAUCAACAUGCUUGCGGGUAUCAACGGCAUUGAAGUGGCUCAAUCGCUUGUGAUUGCACUUUUGCUUCUUUUCAAUGAUGCCAUGUACCUCGCCCCCGUCACGCCAUACCCGCACCCGGCAACCGACUCCCACCUGUUCUCGAUCUAUUUCCUGUUGCCAUUCAUUGGCGUGUCGGCUGCACUCCUGUGCCACAAUUGGUAUCCUUCCAAGGUGUUUGUGGGUGAUACCUAUUGCUACUUCGCCGGCAUGGUGUUCGCCGUCGUAGGCAUUCUUGGGCACUUCAGCAAAACCCUGCUGCUACUGUUCAUCCCGCAAAUCUUCAACUUCCUUUACUCGACACCGCAACUAUUCAAGAUUAUUCCGUGCCCUAGACACCGACUGCCAAAAUUUAACGCUGUGACUGGCCUGCUGGACACGUCUGUGACGGAGUGGACCAUCCCACCAUCUCCGCUGGUUGGCGCGGCACUACAUCUUCUGCACAAGCUCCGGCUGGCGCGCAUCACUACCAAUGAAGAUGGUCAGAUUGUCGAGUCAACUAACCUCACAAUUCUGAAUCUGUGGCUGGUCUGGAUGGGACCAAUGAAAGAGAACCGACUUGCAUGGCACAUGGUGGUGGUACAGAUCGCGUGCGGCAUUCUUGGUUUGUUCGUGCGACAUCGCCUCGCUUUACUCGUGUUCCACCAUGAUAAUAGGCCUUUUGAGCUUGUUUAG